UGCCUGUGCUGGGGAAAGGCGUGUCUUCACUUUGUCUGUUCACCAAAGCUCCAAUCUGUUUUCAGUGCUGUCCCUGCCUGUCUGUGUCACCUAAGCCAAAUUACAGAGCAUCACCAUGCCUGAGACUGCAGAAGCCCACUCUGCCCACCUCACCACCAACCGCAACUGCGUAGUGGAGAUCACCAAUGUCAGCUCUAAGUACUGCCUGGUAAACCCUAAAGUCUACAUGGAAAGUGGGUUUAGCCACAGCCCUCCCCAGCCCACCGUGCGUAGCCAGCACACAGAAGUCUUCUCCUUCACCAAAGACGACAACACCGCGUCGGGGGCUGUCGGGGUCUUCACCUAUGAGCUUUUUGACAUGCAGAAACGCCAGGCCCAGGAGCUCAUCGCUGUCAUGUUCUCUGUGCCUUUUGAUUACACCUUCUACAAAAACUGGUUAGGUGUGGGUGUCUUUGAAAAGUCCAAGCCCUGUGAUGAAGCAUUGUACAAACAUAUGUAUAACAGCAAGGAUUUUUCCCAGUUUUCACGCCAUGAAGCCGAUGGGUCAGGCAUAGUGUUCUCCUCCAAAACUGUGGACGUGAGGGGAUGCAUGUCCGAUCAGGGCAGGGCUAUCCUCAAGCUUGAGCUUUACGAUAGGAUGGGUAAAUGAGCUCGUCUUGUAGCAUCGUCUUGCACUAAAUUGUCAAAAUCGUACAUUUAACCUGCAUAUAUAUUGUCUAUAUGUAUACUGGUGCUGUACAAAUAAAAGAAACAACAACA